ACAAAGAAAAGGUGUGGGUGAGAGAGCAAGCGUGAUACUAUUUUCGUGAAUUCCUCAUCACACUCAAAUGCAAACAUUUUGUCGAGAAGAACACCUCUCCAAAUUUCAAUCGAAUUUAAUUAGCUUUUGUCACCUCUCCGAAUCCCGUUUCCUCGGAGACGUAAACCGAUCUCAGUCAAUCCUGGCAUCUACAUCGAUGGAAGUUGAAGAAGAAGUUAAACGAAUGUUGGAGGAGGUGAAGGAGCUCCAUGACUCCGCCGCUUCCUUCAUCUCUUCUUCUUCCCAUCAAGAGCUUACCCUCCGUCAAAAAGCCACCUCCGUUGAAGCAUCCCUCCGCCGCCUCCACUCCACUCUCGCCUCCGACAAGAGUCUCGAUCCCAAGCUCGUCGAGAAGCUUGAGGAGGAUCUGCACCGUGCUAGAUGCAUGCUCGCUGAUGGAGAUCUCUCUUCCUUUCUCCCAUCCAAACCCCAAGGACGGUUUGUUAGAAUGUUUCUGGGGCCGGUGAAUGUUCGAGCCUCGCGUAAAGACAUUCAGCUCAAAGUCAAAGAAGAGUACAAUAGCUACAGAGACAAGACUGCGCUUCUCUUUCUUUUCUUCCCUGCUGCACUCAUGAUUCUCAGAUCUUAUUACUGGGAUGGAUGUUUGCCUGCCUUUCCUGUUCAGCUCUACGAGGCUUGGCUGUUGUUCCUCUAUGCUGGGUUGGCUAUGCGAGAGAACGUAUUAAGAGCCAACGGGAGCGAUAUCCGUCCAUGGUGGCUAUAUCAUCACUACUGUGCCAUGGGGAUGGCCCUUGUCAGCCUCACAUGGGAAAUCAAAGGGCAACCAAACUGUGUCCAGAAACAGAGAGGAGUUCAUCUCUUCCUGCAAUGGGCUAUGAUGCAAGGUGUUGCCAUGCUUCUGCAAAACAGAUACCAACGCCAGAGAUUAUACACUCGCAUAGCACUGGGAAAGGCUCAGAGGAUGGAUGUUGUAUGGGGAGAAACGGCUGGAGUUGAUGGACAGUUAUGGCUGUUAUGUCCUAUACUCUUCAUUUUACAGGGGUUUCAAGCAUACGUUGGAGUACUGUUGCUAAGGGCAGCAUUAACCGGAGUUGUUGCUGAAUGGCAGGUUUAAUUUCUACUCUUCUGGUGAUGGUUUGUGGCAUUCUUCUGGUAGUGAUGGCUGUGGGAAACUUCAUAAACACAGUAGAGACAUUGAUGGCAAAGUCGAGGGUUAAGGCAAAGAUGAAGAAAAGUAAAAGCAGAGCGGAGCUUAAUCACACUUCAUAGUUCUCAACUCUAGGCUCUCUCGUCUCUUUCUGCAUUUCAUAAAUUUUGUUUUUUUUUUCAAGGCCACGAGACUCAUCCUGGGAUUCUGAAAACUAUGAACAUCCUUUUCUCUGUAUAUGGAAGUGGCAGCUGAUAUUUUGAUGGUUUUGUGUUUUAUUUGUAUAAUUUUUAACUGAUACUUUAUAGGCUUCUCUGUAAGUGUCAUCAGGUGAUUGUGAUGAAAUAGACAGAGCCGGCCUUUUUUUUU